AUGGAAGUGAAAUCGGAGUUGGCAGCAAUAGUUGCCAGAGAUGGGCGUUGGAAGGAAUGGUUGUCGAAGGUGAUGAUAGGUGUUGAAGGUGACAAAAUGGACAAGAGUUGGAUGACGAUAAAUAAUAGGCUGACAAGUAAAGAGUAUCAACAAGGGGUGAAGUCAUUCCUUGAUUUUGCUACAGCAAAUUUAGGCGUAGAGGAUGAAAUUAGGUGUCCGUGUAUCGAUUGCAUUAAUGGCACAAAAUAUAGCAGACAAGUUGUGUGGAUGCACUUGAUCCGAAGAGGCAUGGCAUCUUCGUAUCUAACUUGGGUGCAUCACGGGGAACAUGUUCCCGUGUCUCGUCCUAGUGUAUCAAAUGACCAAUAUGGAGGUAGUGGCGAAUGUAUGACAGAUAUCGAUGAUCCGCCCAUGGAUGAAUUGCCUAUUAUGUUGGAAGAAAUUUAUGUGAGUGGUCUUAUGGAUGAUCAUACUGACGAGGAACCUAAUGGUUUGGAGAGGGAGGAUUUUCAUAAGUUCACUAGGUUAUUCAAAGAUGCACAACGCAAAGUUUACCGGACAUGUGAAAAGUUUUCUGUGUUAUCAUUCGUCAUUAAGAUGCUUCAUGUGAAGGUGUACAACAAAUGGAGCAACAAGUCAUUCGAUAUGGUUAUGCAGGUAUUCAAGGACAUUCUACCAGAAUGUGAUCCAACAGUUCCAUGGACACUCUAUGAUGCUAAGAAGUUCUUAUGUGACUUGGGUUUGGGAUAUGAAACAAUUCAUUCGUGCAAGAAUGAUUGUGCACUAUUUUGGAAGGAGAGUGCUAAUUUGAAGAAAUGCCCUACAUGUGACGCGUGUAGAUACAAUUUGAACGAUAAUGGUGGUAAAAAGAUUCCACACAAGGUAUUGCGGUACUUUCCUUUGACACCGAGGUUGAAAAGACUGUAUAUGUCCAAAAAAACAGCCGCAAAUAUGAGAUGGCACAAUGAGAAGCAUGUGGAUGAUGACAUAUUAAGGCACCCAGCCGAUGGGGAAGCAUGGAAGGACUUUGAUAAGCAACAUCCGACAUUUUCUGAUGACUCUCGAAAUUGCAUGAAAGAGCCAUAUUGCAUGAUGUCAUUGCUUAUUCCCGGACGUUCGGCACCUGGAAGAGACAUUGAUGUUUACUUACAACCACUAAUAGAAGAAUUGAAGAAUUUGUGGGAACAUGGUCUGCAAACAUAUGAUGCAUCGAACGGGCAAAUUUUUAGAAUGCAUGCGGCGGUAAUGUGGACCAUAAAUGACUUCCCUGCGUACGGCAACAUGUCAGGGUGGAGUACAAAGGGUUACUUGGCUUGCCCUAAUUGUAACAAUAAUGCAUCGUCCCAGGGAUUACGAAGUAAAAUAGGGUAUAUAGGUGCUUGUCGCCACUUGCCUGAGAACCACACUUGGCGAACAAGUAAGCUCUUCAAUGGUCAAACGGAGCAUAGGUCCAAACCUUUGGACUUAUCGGGGGACCAAAUACUAAAGCAAAUUGAUUCUGGGACUUACAAGCCAUAUGGAAAGCACCUACAAAAUCGAAAACGACAAAGGAAUGAACAUCAAAAUUUGAAUUGGAGCAAGAGAAGCAUUAUGUUUGACUUGCUCUAUUGGAAAACGUUGAAGCUUCGACACAACCUUGAUGUCAUGCAUAUUGAGAAGAACAUAUGUGACAAUGUCGUUGGGACACUUUUGAGCGUAGAUGGAAAGAACAAGAACACGGACAAAGCACGCUUAGAUUUGGAGGACAUGAAAAUAGGUAAAGAGUUACACUUGAAGAGGCGUUCUAAUGGGUCCUUUGAGAAGCCUCCCGCAUUUAUAACAUUGUCAUUGGCUUGCAAAAUUAGGUUGCUUGGCCGUCUAAAAGGGUUUGUGGCCAACAAAGCUCAUCCUGAAGGUUCUAUUGCCGAGGCUUACAUUUUCAAAGAAUGUACAACAUUUUGUUCAAUGUAUUUGGAUGGAGUUGAAACAUUGUUUAACCGCCCAGAAAGGAAUUAUGACGUGGGUGACCGUGGCCCAGGGUUGGCGGUAUUCACUCAAACUGUACGUCCCUUUGGUCUAAUGACAAGGGCGUCCGAUGUGUCCGUAGCUGAACGCGAGUUGGCUCAUUGGGAGCACAAGAACUGGUUACACCAGAGAGCCGGUGCGUUCGACAUCGAAAACAGACAUCGGAAAGAAUUUCCUAAAUGGUUCAAAGAUCAUAUGAAUGAAUUGCGGAGCCAAGUUUCCCCCGAAGUAACUGAUGAUAUGUGGUCAUUAGCCAAUGGUCCUAGUGGCUUAGUGAACACAUAUUCAGGAUGUAUUUGUAAUGGUGUCCGUUAUCAUACUAUCGACCGUAACAACCGUCGGAAAAGUCAGAAUAGUGGAUUAGUCGUGGAAGGGGAGCAUGAAGGGUAA